AUGCCGCGCGCGGAGUUUUACAGUCUUGACGGCGAUGCAAAGCUGGCGCAGAUGAUGGGCGUGACCCCGUCCUCGCUGAUGGCCAUGCUGAAGCAGAACGUGGACCUGAAGCAGUUCGGGGUCAGCGCUGAGUUUGCGGAGACAGCCAAGGCGGUGUACGAGGCGGUGACGGAGACUUCCAGCGGUGAUGAUAUUCUAGUUUGCUGUUGCUGCUGCUACUUGAUUGGGGAGUGCCUCGAAGGUGUGUGUCUUAAUUCUGGAUCUGGCAGACGUCGACGUUCCCUCCUGCAGACGCAGAUGAGUGAGCCAGGCCAGCAGUCCAUGGAUAUCCAGCCGGAGAAGAUGAGUUUGCUGGGCUUGGCUUCCAAGAUUAGUUCCGGGGACUUGGACGUGAAAGAGCUGCUCGGGACGGAGGAUUGGAGCAAGAAGGAGCGAUUUGCCCUGUGGAUGUUUGGGAAGAAGUUCGGCAGCACGGAGGAAAGCAAGCUGCGCCAAUGCGUGGAGAAGUUGAAGCAGGUCUUGCCCGAGAUCGCGCAGCAGGACAACAUGGACAUGGAGGAAAUCAAGCGAAAGGGCAACACGACAAAUGUCAAGGUCCUGACGAGCCUCGCCCGCAGCGUGGCGACUGCAGCGAUGUUGAAGCAUGGUGCGAACGUUUCAAACGACGGGCUUGGGGCUAUGGGGCUGGCAGAGUGUGCCCCAGUGCUCUGCGCUGGAGACCUGAAGUACGAGUUGGAUGCCACUGGCCUCCACAAGUGCGUGUGGCAAUGCCCGGCAGGGCAGGUGCCGGACACCUUCGAAUCCGCGGGCGCAGACCUGAGCCAAAGCGGGCACGACGCAAACGUCACCCUGGCAGAAGCAGAGUCGAUGCAUAAAGUUGCAGAGGAGGAGGCUGGGGAGGCGAGCUCGUACUCGAAGGGCCAAUCCUACAAGAUGUUGCAGAAGUUGACUUUGCACCAGCGCAAGGCCUACACGGAUGCACCCCUGAAGCUGUUUCAGAUGACAUCGGUGACCGAGCUAGGCCCCCGGAUUCCGGUGAAUGCGCGCUAUUCUGGCACCUGCCGUGCUGCAAGCUUUCAGGUGAGCGAGCGGGUGGUGUACACAGGUUCCAACCCGAAGAUACCGCAUGGGGCGAUCGUGAAGAUCGAGCGGCUGCCAGGGUCCACGUCUUUCAUGUGGGGCACGAAAAAUGUCAAGAACAAUGAGUAUGAGGUGAAGUACCUUGGAGAACAAGUGAUCGUCCGCACGGCCGAGCUGAAGCGUGAAGACAUUGCCCCGGUCCAGGUGGAUCCAGCGCUCCAGGAGUGGCUGCGCAGCACAGGCGGUACCAUCCAGGUCGCCAUACCAGGGCCAGGGCGAAAGGAUCCGGGCACGAAGCAGGACGCGACGCUGUGGUUCCCCGUGUCCUCGGCUCAGGAUCUCCCGCUGGUGCGGAAGCUCGCGGACCUGAAGGCCGCAGUCAGCGUCUUGCCCCACAUGGCCGAGGUUGACGUGCUGCCGGACUGGAGGCCAAUCCACCUGGCGGCCAUGCAAUGCUCCCGCAGCCCAGAGAUACUUCGAGCCCUGCUGGAGAUGCGUGCGGAUCCCAACCACACCAACAGUCUGGGCCAUCCGUUGAUGGGCGUGUGCGACAGCGGCGCAGCGGUCGAGAUGUUAGUGGAGUAUAAGGCGGACGUGAACAAGAUUACUGCGCCCACUAUGGUGUCGCCUCUGACCUUGGCUGCGCUGAGGUGCGCUCCGCCAGACGUCUUCGUCAAGCUGAUCGAGCUUAAGGCGGAUGUAAACCUGGUGAAAGGAGGACUUGGGCUGUCGCCCUUGCACUCGCUGGCGAUCAACUCGAGGAUCAAUCCGCAUUGCUUGAAGGUGGCGUCUUUGCUGCUGGAGGAGAGCGCGGACCCGGACGCCACGCUGAAACCGGGGAGCCUCUUCCGGGCUGUGGAGCUGAUCAGCCGGGGCAUCAUGCUGCUACGGGGCAAGAACGCCCCUGGACUGAUCCGUGUCUUCGGCGAAGGCAGCACCACCCCUCUGGGCUACGCGGCCCUUUGCAUGGUAGCGGAGCACCUGGUGGAGGCGGGCAUCAAGAUGCCCAAGGAGGAGGAUGUGGCACCAUGA